CACUAGUGCAUUGGCGGGAACCAAAUAACUUAGAAUGGCGAAAUCCCGCCAGAAAAUAAAAAAGCUUAUAAAUUGGAAUCCUCGAUAUGUCAAAUCUUCUUUCUAAAACCCACAAAACGAUUCUCCUUCUUAACUCUGAUAAUAUCUAAAGACGACGAGAUGUUGGAGCUACGACUUGUUCAGGGCUCGUUGUUGAAGAAGGUUCUAGAAUCAAUCAAGGAUCUGGUGAACGAUGCGAAUUUCGACUGCUCCAGCACUGGCUUCUCGCUCCAAGCUAUGGAUUCGAGUCACGUGGCGCUGGUGUCUCUCUUGCUAAGAUCCGAAGGCUUCGAGCACUACAGAUGCGACAGGAAUCUCUCCAUGGGGAUGAAUCUCGGCAACAUGUCGAAGAUGCUCAAAUGUGCCGGAAAUGAUGACAUCAUCACCAUCAAGGCUGAUGACGGCGGCGACACCGUCACCUUCAUGUUCGAGAGCCCCACGCAAGACAAGAUUGCCGAUUUUGAGAUGAAGUUGAUGGAUAUAGACAGUGAGCAUCUGGGAAUACCUGAUGCUGAGUACCACUCAAUCGUUAGGAUGCCGUCGAAUGAGUUUUCCAGGAUUUGCAAAGAUCUCAGUAGCAUUGGUGAUACAGUUGUGAUCUCUGUGACUAAAGAAGGGGUGAAGUUUUCCACUGCCGGUGACAUUGGAACCGCUAACAUUGUGCUUAGGCAGAACACAACUGUAGACAAGCCGGAAGAUGCAAUUGUGAUAGAGAUGAAGGAACCAGUGUCACUCUCAUUUGCCCUAAGGUACAUGAAUUCCUUCACAAAGGCAACUCCAUUGUCAGACACUGUGACAAUCAGCUUAUCGUCAGAGUUGCCAGUGGUUGUGGAGUAUAAGGUUGCUGAGAUGGGUUACAUUCGUUACUACUUGGCUCCUAAGAUUGAAGAAGAAGAAGACACUAAUCCCUAAGAGCCCUUUGUAUCCACAAUUUCUCUUCAUCCUAAUGUUGAAGAUUCAUUGAUAAUGUUGGUGUUUUUUUUUUUGUGAGAUUCCAUUGUAUGACCCUCUAGAAUCAGUUGUUUUCUUGACUUAUUAUGUUUUAUGAUAACAAAGUUCAGCAUAAUUAGUUA